AUGUUGGUGGAUAAACCAACUCGAGAACGUACUCGUCCAGUGCGCUCAACCGAAAAUAUUGCUGCUGUGGCUGAAAGUGUGCGUGAACAACCAUCAACAUCAACUCGGCACCGUUCACAACAAUUGGCCAUUUCACGCACUUCUCUGAUGCGAAUUUUGCGAAAAGAUCUUGCAAUGAAGCCAUAUAAAGUUCAAUUGGUUCAUCAGUUAAAGCCUAUUCAUCAUCCGAACCGUAUACAGUUCGCAAUUUGGGCUGAAGAUCGUUUGAUUGAAGAUGAUGAAUUUUAUCGAAAAAUCAUUUUUUCGGACGAAGCACAUUUUCACCCUCGGUGGUUAUGUCAACAAGCAAAAUUGUCGCAUCUGGGGUACGGAAAAUCCACAUGUCACAAUCGAUAUUCUGCGUCCAAUCUUCGAAAAUCGAAUAAUCAGCAAAAAUGGUGA